AUGGAUGAAUGGGCAAGGUAAUUGUAGAAGGAUAAUCAUUUGGAAAACUAGACAUCUACGAAAUAUACAAUAUAGUAAGUAUUGUGAUGUUUGCAGAGGUGCUACGUUAUUUUCAACUGCAAGAGGUAGGAUUGAAGAAGGUAUAGAUUUUGAGAUUCAUUAUGAAAGAUGUAUUGUUGUGUUUGAAUUUCCAGCUUUGAGCAGUAAAGACACUUUGAUUUUUGAGAAACAUAGAUCUUUAGAAAUUUAAAAUAGACAAAUAAGUUUAUUGAAUUUGAUGCAACGACAUAAACAGGCUAAUUUUUGGUUAGAGUUCUAAGAGGUAAGCAAAUUAUUGAAUUAUGAGCAUAGUUGAUUGAGAUUUGGUUAGAAAGUAAAUUACAAAAAAAAAUGCCAUUAUGGAUUUAUAAAUAAUUAGAAGAAUGUCCAAAUUUUAUAAAUGAGACCUAGUUCGAAAUUUCUUUAAAAUUGUAUUAAAAGUAGCAAUUUCGACAUAUAUAACUAUAAAAUGUACUUAAUAAACUCUUUCAACAAAGUCGAAUGCCCUCUCUUCUCGUUUUCAAAGUGGAGGAAUUAGAUUAAUUACUUACUCAAAACCCUACUAUUCUCUAGAAUACUAAGUAAUAUCUAGCAAUUUGGCUUGUUUAAGGAACAAUCAAAUAAAUCAUAAUGAUAGGUCGCAAUGCCUAUUUAUCCUAAUUAUAUCAGUUAAUGAUUUGGAAUUUUGUCAAUACGCUCUAAUAUUAAAUAGAUGUGGGCUAUUAUGUUUUAAGCGUUUUAGUAUAUUUCAUGUGUUAUUUUGAUUCAUUAAAUGGAAAUGGCUUAAAAGCAUAUGCUGUUGCACUAUAUUUCCUAGAAUUAUUUCUAAAUUAAUUACUAAAUUAAAAAUAUGGAAAAAGAGACCAUUUUCUAGAAGCUCUUAAAAUUGCCGCCAUCUAUUAAUCUAAACUAUGCGAUUUCCUAAUUUAGUUGUCUAAAUUUGCUUAUAGGACUAAAUUAGGAAUUUUUUCACCCGAUCUCUCUAUUUCCAUUAUAUUACCAAAUUGGCAGCACUUCAAAGAUGUAUAUACUAUAAUUGUUUGGGAUGAAAUUUUCAGAUAAUUAAUGAAUCUAAAUAAUGAAGAAAUUUGCGUAUUUAUAUCAAAGUUCAUAGUUCAAAUUCCACAGUCACUGCAAAUUUGA